ACGCGCCGACUAUCUGGCCACAGCAUCGUCGAUCUCCACGUAGCCGAUUGCGCGGAGCCGUUGCAAAGACAACGACGCUGCGUCCCUAGCCGCCCACGUGUCUCCAAACCAGUCAAAACUUCGAGGACAACUGCGUGCGUUCGCAAUGAGUACACAGGGCUCGUCGAUGGCGUCCCGUAAGCGGUCGCGUCCGGGACAUCCGCCCGACUACUUCAAGAGGCAACCGUUCUACGAUGUCCUGGCCGCGCUUAUCCCGCCGACGCCCCUCAACAGCGGCAGACCCUUGCCGUGUCACGUGUGUCUUCACUUCAAGUUCACGCAGCAUCACGCGAAGCAAAUCUUCGCGUCGUUGCUGCGUAACAGAGUGAGGGGUUCCGAGUUCGGGGCGCAGGUUCACCUCCGUUUGUGCUCAGACGACGGGCUCGGCGAACUGGAGGACAACUACCCGGCCGAUUUGAAAGUCAAGGUGAACGAUCAGGCCUGCGCACUGCCUGCGCCGAUUUCUGUACAGGCGCCCGGUGGUGCGACCGCACGCGUAUGUCUGCCCGUCAACAUAGUCUCCGCCUGCUUUCUGAAUCCUGGCGUGAAAAACAAGCUUUCGCUGAGCUGGCGACACGAACGGGACCGGAAGUACGUCGUCGGCGUGUUCCUGGUUCGGAAGCAAUCGGCGGCCACGAUUCUUCGCGAACUGCAACAGAAAAAUGCGCCGAGCAUGACCCAGACCAGAGAGCUCAUCAAGAAGACAGUGCAGGCGCGAGCAAGCUAUGGCGACGACAUCGCGUUGACGAGUUUUCACGCUUCUCUCACGUGCCCGCUGAGCAAGAAGCGAAUGACGGUCCCGUGCCGGGCUCUCGGGUGCAAACACAUUCAGUGCUUCGACGCACCGAGCUACUUGCAGGUCAACGAGGCGCAGCCCACAUGGAUGUGUCCCGUGUGUGGUCGGCGGGCCGAGUUCUCGUCGCUGGUCGUAGACCAACUUUUCAUGCAGAUUGUCGAGGAGGCGCCCGCUGCCUGCGUCAGCGUCGUUUUCCGCAAGGACGGCUCCUGGACGCCGUCGGCAUCGCCGAAGGAUGACGUCCUAGCUGGUAAAGCCUCAUCAUCUGCUAGGUGUUCCCCGGUGCCUUCGUCGUCCUCGUCUAACGAGCAGGACGGGCGGCCCAACAAGCGGCGUAAGACGAAGUUUGUUGACCUCAACGCGGAUGUUAUUGACCAUACCGAGGACAGCGGCGACGAAGCGAAGGGUCAUCAAGCUGGCGUUGGUCUUCGACCGUAGCCUGCA